CAUAGAUUGGGGAGUAGUACAUUAGUCCUGUCAGACCAUGUGAAACGAGCCAUUCUACAGGAUUCUUCUUUGUCAACUGGUCGGCCCCAUCGUGUUCCUCGAACAUUGGGUCCCUUAUAUAAAAAGGCGACCCAGCACUUCACAUCUCCCAUCUCUCCAGCAUUAAUCUCAGCUAUCCAAUGGUCAAACUCACUCUCAAUUUUGCUGCUCUCUCUCUUGCUCUCAUCGGGAGGCCCAUCGUCUCAGCCGUGGACAUCCUUCUCUGUGAACAUGCGUACUACGUUAACUGUGAUUGGAAGUACGAUGUCCCGACUGGCAAAUGUCUGAACACGACUGCCAGUGAUGGUUGGACCGGAUUCACGGACAACGUCGUGAGCUCUUACAACCAGACGAACACCGGCAGUUGUGGUGUUUGUUACUAUUACGCAGACGAUGAUUGCUUCGAUCUUCUGUUCAGCAGCGGCGACGCUAGCUUGAACUGGUUUGCUGGAUACAAUGACCAGCUCUCAUCUAUUUUCUGUUCUGAGAGCGCUUGAUUUUGAAGUGUCCUGGAAUCAUGAAGAGUUUCGACAUUGUAAUCGAUCGUGUAUGUUGUACUUCCUAUGUAUGAAAUUAUGUGUGUGAUUUGUAAACGAGAGU